AUGUUACAUAACAGUUCUUCUGAUGAGUGGGUCUCAGAUCAGGAUGAUUUGAAGCAGCUUGUUGUGGCUUACUAUAAGGAUUUGUUUUAUGUUGAAGAGGGUGAGGUUCGACCUCUUGAUCCCCUCCCACAACCGGUUAUUUCCUUUGAUGAAAAACUUAGUCUGCAGAAAGGAAUUUCCCCUACUGAUGUGCGUUGUGCUCUCUUCCAAAUGAAGCCUUGGAAGGCCCCAGGGUUGAUGGUUUCCAAGCUGGUGUGUACCAGGUAUAUUGGGAUGCUUUUGUCUGUUUCUUGCAAGGAAUGGAAGCCUAUUACGAUUGGUAGGGGUGGGCCUUCUAUUUCACAUCUUUUCUUUGUUGAUGACCUUUUCUUGUUUGGUCGUGCUUCUGCAAGGCAAGCUGAAACGAUUAGAGGAGUUUUGGAUUGCUUUUGUCUAGCUUCGGGUGCUAAAGUUAGCUUGGAGAAGUCUCGGAUGUAUAUAACACCCAAAGCCUCUGGUGGAAAUGCCAGGUUAGUUAGCAGUAUCUUGGGAAUUGGAACUACUAAUGAUCUUGGAAAAUAUCUCGGUAUUCCUUUGGUGCAUAAGAAAGUUGGGGGUGCUUUGUAUCGUGAGCUGAUUAAUAAGGUAAAUACUCGUCUUAGUGGGUGGAAAUCCAAGGUCCUUAAUAUUGCGGGGGUGCAACUUUAG